ACACUCGGUCGUCGAGGACUUCCACCGCCGGAAAUUGUGGGAAAAACUACGUGUGUGCGGGUGUGUGUGUAUUUUCGAGGAAAACGCGAAAUUCUCCGUCCAAACAACAACAACAACUGCAACUACUGCUACAACUACCAUUGCCAGUGGCGAAAAGCCGUAGUUCCUGCGAAGGGCCGCAAGCCGCAAAACCGAAUCAUUAAUAAAGAAAAGCCCUGCCGUCGACAAUAUUGUUUCGCGGUCUCCGCAUGUUGACACGGCUUAAAUGGGGCAUUAAGUGCUCGGUGUGCAGUGUACUAUAUGAGCAUACGUGCUAAUCAAAAGUGUACAAAUUCCAACUGGCAGUUGCAAAAGUAUGAAAACGAAAAAGGAUUAAGCUCCGUAUCCACAUCAGUCGAAAGGUCCUGAGUCGACGGGCGUAAAGCUGAUUGCCCGGUGAAAUAAAAACUGGACUUUAACAAGGGGAAAGUCGGAGAAAAGCAGGUGGAGAAAGGUGGCACGCGAUAAAGCAGAGGAGAAGAAGUAUGAAGUGACCGAAAGCAGGGAAGUGACAGCAGAUAGCCACAAAACAACACACGGCAAAGGAGGAACCAGGAGGAAACCAGGACUAGUUGACAGGAGCUCAGCCAAUAAAAGCCAACCAAACUCAGUCUGGACCAAAGUCGGACACACUGAUGCAAAAAGCCGGAGGAGGAAGGACUUUUCCGGGGGAGGAAGGCAGCAGCAACCGUAGCAAAACAAAACUGGAAAAGUUGCUCUGAAUCAUAUUGCAGGAGAGGGAAAAGGAGCAGCCAGCGGAAGCCGAGGCUGAAAAGUUCCCAAAUUUGGUAGACGGACCCCUUUUGGCCAUUGGCUGUCCUUUCCCUCCUUCAAGCGGAACAGUUAGCUGCAGUUGGAAUUUGAUUUUAACGCUUGUUCGAGGGCCUGGGAUCUGUUGUGAGUCCUCUGUUUGUGGCACCAGCCACUGACAACCGUCACCCGAAGCAGCGGCAACUGGCAGGCGAAUUAAAAUCUGCAGAGGAAAACCCCACCCGGAAAACUCCCCCUCACUCCCCUUAAAGCUGCGCUUCAAUGGCCACACAUUGAGAUUGGCCGUCAAAGGGGAAAGCCCGGAAGAGGAGCGAAGGAGGAGUGGAGCUGUGGAAAUGGUCGCCACUCUUGGCGACACAUGCUCUGACAAUUUAUUGACUCCACGCAGCACCCACUACCACUGAGUAGAACCCCUCCAAAAUGGGCCACCUUCAACCCCUUCCCAUUUUCCUGCUCUGGCUGGCGAUUUCCACUUCGGUCAGCGGCUAUCUGAACAUUUUCAUCAGCCACCACGAGGUGAUGAAACUGAUGGGACUCGAGGCGGACCUGUUCUAUGUGCACGAGGGAGCCAUCAACACGUAUGCGAUGCACUUCACCGUGCCAGUGCCCGCGGAUGUCCACGAGCUGGAGUUCUCCUGGCAGAGCCUCAUUGCGUAUCCACUGCCUUAUGCCAUAAGUAUCGAGUACAACACCGACCAGGAGGCCCUGGGCACGCCCACUUUGAGUAUUCCGCACAAGGGCCUGGUGCCGCAGGAGAUCGAGUCCUUCCUGGUGUAUCUGCCCUGCACGGGAAAUGUGAGCCUGCAGAUGCCAGUCAAUGUGAACAUGGUGGUCCGAGCACCUCCUCGAUUCAACGACACCCGGCUGCACUUCAAGCGCAACAAGAUCUGUGCGAAAGGCAUCUCACCUGAGCCCAAUCAAUCGCCCGCCCCCGCCCACGCCCCCUCGCAAGGACCCGCCCUCCUGAGCGCCGCCGCCUGUGCUCUGGGAUUGGUUUUGGCCGUUGGGCUCGUGGCCAGCAUGAUGUAUGUGAGGGCCCGCAAACAGCUCCGCCAGGACUCGCUACACACCAGUUUCACCACCGCAGCAUACGGCAGCCACCAGAACGUGUUCAUCCGCCUGGAUCCUCUGGGCAGACCGCCGAGUGCCACGGGAUCCUAUGCGACCAUUGCCAGCCUCAACAAAUACCCGGCGGACAGCAAGAAGUCCUGCAGCAUAUUCGACCGUUUCAGGAGCUCACCCACGCCAACGCCCUAUGCCACCGCCCUGCUGCCCAUGAACCUCGAGCAGACCGCAGAGACGAUUUACUCGAAGCCGGAGUCGAUCUGUCCCUCGAGGAUUUCCUACUACGCCUCCUCGCAGCUGACCCAGGCCUGCAGUUUGUCGACACCGAAGAGCAUUCGGAGCAAUGGCAACGGUCAUUGCAACAGCGGCAGUGGCAGCCUGAGCCUCUUCGGUGGCAUCCCCACCGGCAGCACCAUCACGAUGGGCAGCCACGGGGAGAAGGGCAACCAGAGGCUCCGCCGGAUUCCCAGCGUUCAGCCAGGAGCCCUCAGCUACGAGGAGCUGGUCAAGGAGGGCACCUUCGGCAGGAUCUACGCCGGCAAGCUGGGCGAGUCCUGCGAGGCCCUCGUGAAGACGGUCAUCGACGGCGCCUCGCUCACCCAGGUGGCCUGUCUGCUGCAGGACGCCUCCCUGCUGAUCGGAGUCAGCCACCAGCACAUCCUGGCGCCGCUCCUGGCCAACACGGAGCUGCCGGGACCGCCGGAGAUCGCCUAUCCCUAUCCGUCCAAGGGCAAUCUCAAAAUAUACUUACAAAAGUCGCGGGAAUCGAGCACUGCAUUGAGUACCCGACAGCUGGUUGAGUUUGGGCUGCACAUCACCAAAGGAUUGGCCUAUCUUCAUUCAUUGGGAAUCGUUCACAAGGAUAUUGCCACACGCAAUUGCUACCUUGAUGAGGAGUCCUAUGUGAAGAUCUGCGACAGUGCGCUAUCCCGCGAUCUCUUCCCCGACGACUACGAUUGUCUGGGCGACAAUGAGAAUCGUCCUCUGAAGUGGUUAUCGCUAGAAUCACUCCAGAAACGGGUGUAUGCCACGCAGGGGGAUGUGUGGGCGCUGGGCGUUACCUACUGGGAGCUGGUCACACUGGCCCAGAUGCCUCACGAAGAGGUGGAUAUAUUCGAGCUUACCAAUUACUUGGCCGCCGGCUUUCGGCUGGAGCAGCCCGUCAACUGUCCGGAUGAAUUCUUCACCGUUAUGAACUGCUGCUGGCACAGCGAGGCCAAGCAACGACCGACGCCCUCACAGUUGCUAUCGUAUCUGCAGGACUUCCAUGCGGACCUGGGCAUGUACAUCUAAGCGAGACGAAGGACUGACGAAGGACUCCGCAGCGGGAGUCAAGUGGAGUCAAGCGGAGCGGAGCGAAGCCCAUGAUAAAUUAAUUGAAACUUUUGCAUUUUAAAUGUGAGAUUAAAUGUGAAUUUACCUGUUAGAGUUUGGCGCAAAACCAAUUACAAUGAAAGCCAGCUAACUUCAGAUAUACGUAAGCAACCACAGAUAAACACACACACUACAACACUGGGGUGGACCGCUAUCAGUUGAAUGUAAAUAUGUUGAGGAGUAUAAACAAAGAUCAAAAUACAUUUGGGUCACACUGCCACACUGCGUAUGAGUAAUGCAGCUUAGAAUCAUUGUCACUUAAGCGUUGAAAAGAAGAAAACUAAAUCCAUGUGUGCAUAAGGGAUAAGUACAAAUAAUACGUCGCUUGAACAGCUCACUCAGCAUAAAGUUUACGUUUGAACUACACUGCGUAUGAGUGAUAUCCUGGGACACCAAAUUUCAAAUAGCAACUGAGGUCCACCCAACACAAUAGAACAGUUUGUGGCUAUCAAUUUCGAACCCGAUUACACAAACCCUGGCACCAAGUGGCCCCCAGGCGGCACGAGGGUUAAGCGUUAGAUAAAACUGACAUUUAAGUAGUUAGCAAUUGAAUAACAAACACUCACACGCAGCGCAACACACACAAACACACGCAAACAAACAGACAGAAACCUUACAUGAUAAAUGAAUGUGAAUUAUUGAUGUGCAUAUUUUAUUGAAUGUGUGUAGGUGUAAGCAAAGGACGAAGGAUCGAACGAGAGGGGAAAAGAAAAAGAGAGAGAGAGAGAGAGGUGCGACAACAGGAUGCGGAAUCUUUUGUUCACGAAUGUUGUCCUCGAGAUUGUUACGAAAGCGAUAUAUUUAUUUACCUUGAUUAUUAUUAUUACUAUUGCGUAUGUCAUAAGGGAGGAAGUUCAAAACAGAAUCUGAAUCAGGUGAAAAGCAAAGACAGCAAAUGUUAAACCGAUGGCAAAACAACCGAUAAGCAUUAUUCACACGAACACACAAUUACACAUGCAUGCGUAGAGCUCCCUUGACCCCUUAACCCCCUUAAAUCCGGAUGCCUUUAACCCCUAACUUGCUCCCAGCUCACAUAACGCACCAUAAUUCAGUUUUGGAGAACCUUGUCGCAAUCGUUUCGUUGCUCAAUUAUUUCAAUGUCAAAGGGGAGUAAUCUGCUCGCUUUUGACAGGACACGCCAUCAGAUAUGCAAGUGCAGCUGGGAUUUCGCUCAGUGCACUUGCACUUGCUUCUCGUUCUGUCACUCGGCUCCCAACGUGAGCCAAAAUCCCCAGCUUAAGACGUCCUGUUGUUUGUUUAUGCCUUUUAGUUGAAUUAGCCAAGAAUUGUUUCUCUGUUUCUGUUUCUGUUGCUGUUUUCGUUUCCCCAGAGUUGUGUAUUAAUUUGCAUUUUCGUUAGCCAAGUCAGGCGGCAACUUAAAGUUGUCAUGCCCCAGAAAACCCCCAACCCCCCAAAUAACACUAGGCAAGUAUCAGGGAGUGGGGAGAGGUGUGACCAUCAGACUUUGAAGAUGAAUUAUUUCGUGUUGUUUUGAACUUGGCUGAAAACACCUCUCCCCAUUCCAAUGCAUUCCAAAUGAGCCAGUGAAAUUAAUAGUUAAAGCAUUGCCGUUUAACAGAAGGCCGCCACCUAAACGUAGUUUAAAUGUUCUCUGUAAUAAUCAAACACAAGCAACUCAGCAAAGUAUAGGAAUCAAACAGCAGUCACGCACCCAAAAUAACUAAGGAUGAAAUAGAAAAUAGUUCCAGACCAGCAGCCGCUUAUUCGUCUAGCUAAGUAAGCCAACUCCGUAUGUUUUAUUCUUAAGCUUCGCACUCGACUAUGGAAACGUUACUAAAGGAAAUACCGAACUGCAAAACUAUCAAAGCGCUCUGCAUUUAAUAAGUAUCCCUGCAAAGGCUGCCGGGCAGCCCCACAAAUACACACAAACACAAAGAACACAGACACACAUACCCAAACAUCUAUACACACCUACGAUUAUCCUGUGAGGAAGACAAACACAAAUUUCAAAUAGAUUAUAAAGCUAAGGAGAGCUACACACUAGCCCACUACUACUAUAACUAACUGAAUGUGUUUCAUGUUUAUAUAUGUGUACGUGAGUGUAUGUCUAUGACUAAACGUAUAUUUUGUCGUCAAAUUGAAAACUAACUGUAAAGGCUAUUAAGAGGAAAACAAAACCAAUACCAGCAAACGUGCAAGGCCCGGAAGGAAAAGGCUUUAACACACACGCACACACACAGAUACACUCUCACACGAACACCCAGAAACCACAGAGCAAAAACAAAUUGUCAUUCACUCUGCAUAUGUCUCACUCUUUAACUCUAUAUAGAUGUAUCUCUGUAUCCUACUUUUAGAUAUACUCUAGCGUAUGAUUGUAUGUGUACACAGAAACUCGAAACUAAUGCGUUUUCGUCUUUAAAAACAAAAUGGAAUAUCUGCUAAGACACACACACACACACACACAAACACUUGAAACGCCCUCACACCUUUAAGACCCCCACCCCCAAAACCACCUAGCCCCUCUCCACCCCGCCCCUCUGUCUCUAUCCAAACGCUAGUAUAACGAUGGAAGUGGGCGUGGCACUAAGACAAAGCUAAGAAAAAACAGAAAUUCAAUUUUUGUGAAGAGCAGCAGGCGAAAACGAAAGAGAGAAAAACAAAGCAAAUAAAUUAAAUGUUCCUUUUGAAUCAUAAA